UGGUUUUAAACAUUCAUCAAUGAAUGUGGAAACACGUACAUGAGGAGACAUCACUACGCUAUUUAUUUGCAUCCUGACUCAGAGAUUCAUGUCUUCUUUGUUUAGUGCUUGAUCAACUUUGCAAACGUAAUUUCUUCAUCCUUUAGAGCACAUCAUUGUACUCUCAUUUUGUCCAAGUUUUUCCUUCAAUUUUGGGGGACAUAAGAAGAUAGCAUCCAGACAGACUGAGGGUCUGUUUGGGUGUCCAACUACUCUCAGCUAUUCUUGAUAGUUCUUGUACGGAUAGAGAUACUCCACCAUCCAAACAGGUUAAAACACUUUCAACCCCAUGUGACUCUAUUGUGUUUUGAAGGACUGAGCUCAACGGUAAAAAGAAAAAAGUCUGCCCCCGAGGACAACAUCCCCUCAUCCUUUGCAGGGUCUUCUUCCCCAAAUCACCCGAGUCGUCCUCGCACAGCUGGGAGAGAAUCCCCCCACAAUGAACCAAAGACUCACCCGUACUCGACCUCUAUCUCCCUCUCUGCAAUACCAUUUCAUGUCUCUCCCUUUCUCUCUGUGUCUGCAAUGUAGUACGCGAACCUGAUGAGUUGGGAAUCGAAUCUCUCCAUCGUGAUUCGCUGCUCCCUCACCGAACGCGUGCUCCAUGCUCCAUCCCAUCUCUACUGAACGAUUUCGAUAUCACUGGGUUUUGGCAGGGUAUUUUGUCUGAGGAAGAUUCGAUUCCUCAACCCGUGCCCUUAGAAUCCCACAUUUUCCUGAUAACUAUAAACCACCCAUGGCCAAAGCCACAUUACGUACCAGUCAAUCGAAGUCUAGGGUUCGAAAGCAACAACACUCAAGAUUUCAUCCCACCACAUUAUUCAUCACGGGGCCUCAAACGCGAUCCUUUAAGCACUCCAUGGAUGAGUCUGAGGUCCAGCGUGAUCAAGAGUUGUGGACCGAUGGAUUGGAGGAGAUGUUCGUAGACAUUCUCUACCAAGAGACCAUUGAAGGAAAAUUGGUUGGGUCGAAGAUCACCAACUGUGAUCAUCUGAGACUUGCAGAACAACUGUCUCGAGUUGGGAGGAAGGCAAUUGAUGCCUCACAAAUUAGGGGGAAAAUCACUCGCUUGAGGCAGAGGCUACGAAUGUUCACGGAUUUAAUGGGCCAAACAGGAAUGGGUUGGAAUCCACAUACAAAAACUGUAAUUGCCACCGACGAACAUUGGGCUAACGCAAUAAAGGUGCAUAGCCAAUGGAAGAAAUUCAAGACUAAUGGUUGUCGAGACUACGAUCUACUGUGCACCAUUUUUGGGCAGUCGGUGGCGACUGGUGUUUGCCAUUUUGCGUCGACGCAGCAAUCCCCUACGAGUGAGGAGGAGGACCGACUUGAGGAGGAGGUGAGGGCAAAGGGCUCCGUACUGGGAACUACCACGGACGCGUCGAUAGAUAUCGAUGAGCCAAACAUCGAUGGGCCAGUUGGGAGACAGAGACAAGCUCGUCGUCGAAGAAGGGAGCCGAUUCGGAGUAGCAUAUCCCCACAAUUUAGCAAAACUUUAGAAAUUAUGGCCGCCACCGCCGCAAUGAGAAAUGAGUUGGAUAAGCAGUUUUUAGAGGAAUGUAGUAGAAAGCGAAGCAAAGGCAAUGAGACUGAGUUUGGUUCGGAUGCGUCAUAUAGCAAGCUAGGUGUUGCUAUGAAGUUUUUGGAUGAGAUUAUCCCGCCGCUCCCUGCACAUCAAUAUAACAAAGCAGUAGAAAAGUUUAUGCAUGACAAGGCAGUUGAAGCAUUCUUAAUGAUGCCCCCGAACCGCAAAAUUGAUUGGAUCUGGGGGUUGCAGUGAGGAACAGUCUCUUGUCGGGAUUAAAUAUAUUUUUAUGUUUGCGGAUAUUAUUUGUCAUUGACAUUGUUGUUUAUGAGCUGCUUAGGUAAAUAUUUUUAUUGUGCUUGUUGUUUAUUGAUUUAUGGACAACGGUUUAGAUGAACAUGUUAUAAUGACCUUGGA